UCACUCACUUCUCAGAAAAUGUCAAACAGUUGACAGAUGGUACAUAAUCGCGAGUCUCUUUUGGUAAACACACGAUGUGUUUGGUAAAAUGCAGCCUUUCCAAAUGACUCCUCACUGCCUCUCUCCAAGUCAACGUUAGCGUGAAGCGGUGAACUGGUGUAAAACUGGUGGUAACUUUCGGUAAACCAACUGAAAAGUUCACAUUUCCUUUAAAUUUCUGAAUGAAGUGUGGCGUAUACAGUCGUCUACUUACAAGGGAGAGCGACAGCAGUAGGACUAUGCUUUCCUUAAUUACGUCGUUUCUUCCUGCUUUACCGGGGUGGCUGACACUGGAUGAAAGUCCACUGGAUAGCUUACUUCAAGGACUGGUAGGCGCUUGUGGGAUCUCUGUGCUGUGUAACCUGACAAGAGUGCACAUAUUUUUAGAGGCUCAAAGGGAUGACAGCCAUGGUGCAGACACAUCAGGCCAGAGGACACACAAACAUCAAAGCAGAUCUAAAAGUGGGUUGGGCAGCACGAUCCAGUUUUUGUUUUUGACAGGGCUGCUGGCAGUAGUAGGCUCCCGCGUGGCCUCCCUGGUGGUACUAGAAUUUUCUCUUCGAGCUGUCUCCGCUUGGGUUACCGCUGGACCAGAGUCCAGGAGGUUCCUGCAGCAGCUGUUAGUCCAGUGCCAGUUCUCUCUGGGCUGUGCUCUAAGCUGCACUCUGCACUUCCUCCAUGAGGGGGCGCCCCAGCGUUGGCUAAGCCUACUCUUAGCAGCGGCACUCAGCUGGUUUCUGGCCAGGCAGGGCACACGCCUGCUGCACCAUGUCGUGGCUCUGUACAAACUGCACAGCUCGCAACGCUACUGUGGUGUCUGCAUUGGCCUGUUAUCCUCAGGCUGCUCCCUGCUGCCAAUGCUGUGCAGGGCCCUCAUCAUUACCUUUUCUGUGGCUGUGGUGGCUGCUAUAUCAAUCAUCAAUAAACACUUCCUCUCUGCAACAGAGGCCCUCCGCUUUUGGACACCACUGACUAUCUGCUACACACUGCUGGUGGUGUACAUGCAGGAGGAGCAGUACCGUCGGCCCACUGGCCAGGCUGUUGUGAACACGGUGUUUGUGCGUCUCGGGGGUCUGAUGGUCCUGAUGCUGACUGUUGGACGCUGGGCGGACGUGCUCCACAUCCUCAUGUGCUUCCUGGGCGAAGCCAGCUGUCUGAUCCCAACCAAGGAUCUGCUGGAUGCUUCAUCCUCGCAGGAAGAAGAGGAGGAUUACAUAGAGUACGCACAAGAGGAGAGCCGACGAAGACCACGGACACACGGGAAAGAGCACCACAGAUAACCAUUCCAAGGACCAAAAAUUCAGUGGGACUCUUUUCAGUGGAUAAUUUAGAUAAAUAUGUAUUUAUGUCCUUUUUUCAACAUGUGAACUUUACACAUAGAAUGUAAUGCCUUUUGUUGUGAUUAAACAUCAGGUGACACGUUA